AUGGUGAAUCAAGCAAGGCAAGACGUUCUUCAUAGUUGUAAAUGGGGUAGCUGCAAACAAAAGUUCAAUACUAAUAUAUCGUUAUGGAAACAUGUUGAACAACACGUUGAUAAUGCAAUUCCUCGUUUAACACAUAUGGUGAAUGAUGACGACGUAAAUCGUCCUCAUAUCAUUCAACCCGCUCAUAUAAAUACAAGUAGAAUCAAUCCUACCAUUAAUGUUAAUUUAAUGAGACCAGUUUUAAACUCACAAAGUACACAGCAAACGCGACCACCUCAAUUACAACAAAUUUCUCAAAUGUUAACACAAGUAAGUCCAACAAUAACCUAUAAUACUCUCGGUGUACCACAAUUAGUGAACACAUCACAAGGGAUUCAACCCUCUGCUGGGAUAUCACGCUCGAAUUAUUUACCUUUAACACCUCAAUUUCAACAAAUGGUUGGAGGUCGACCUGCUUUUCUGAUACAACCACAACAGCGACAAAGAAUUCAAUCGGCCGGUCAAUCGUCUGGCUUGCAACAGAUGAUCCCUUUAGGGAGCAUGCCUAAUCCUAUAACUAUUGAUGAUAGUAAUUUCGUUUUGGGUGUUGAUCCGCCUAUUGUUAAUCAUCAAAGAUUAGGUCGUCCUCCAGCUUCUGCAAUUAAUAAUUCCGUUAGAGCAACUCAAAUGCAAAAGAAAGUUGCUAAUAUAAAUAUGAAUUCAUUUUUAAGUCAAAAUACAAAGAAAUAA